UCUGUUUGACACUUCGGCGGACAUUAUUACACGUCUUUUCGCUAUAUUGCAUCAUUCCUUUCACGUCGUCUAAUUCUCGGCAUUCAUUAAGUUCAUUCUAUUUUUGUGCCUCAAAUUGAAUUGCCUUCGAUUGCUAAAUAAAUAAUUUACUUAUUUUCUGGCAAUAACAGCUUCAGUUUCAAAGCUUCUGAAACUACAUUGAAAACCUAAGUUAGAUUUGGAGGAAUUUUCCUUAGCUGAAACUUGAUCGUAAAAAGAACACAAGGUAAAAAAUGGAAUCAUCUGACUGGCGCCUCGAAAUGGACAGUAUGCUUGCAGCAUUCAAUCGUCAGGAAAUACACUCUUUGAGUGUCAUUAAAUUAGCAUUUAAGCGGAGUGGACUUUCGUUAACACCGGAAUUCAAGCAGUAUUUCAUACAGGCUUCGAUCAAUCGCAUAAAUGAAACGUACGACCAGUUCGAAAUUAACUCAAUGCUCGAAGAACAAUUGAACGUCAAUCUGAAUUCAGCUGCAAAUUGUACAAAGAGAUCAUCAAAAAAUGGAAGAAGUGGCGUUAAAUCUGAGGAAAAUGAUGGUAGAAGUGGUACAUCGAUUGGAGGUGGAAGUGAUCGUAUGACAAAUGCAUCAAGCUCUGUUAUUCAAAUCGAUGAUUCAGACGAUGAAGACGUUGUGGUGGAGACAGUAAAAAUAGAGUCAACUAACGAUAUAGCCACUGUCGCAAACGGUGCUUCAUCAAACGAUGCAAGACAAAAUGUAAUUGUUGGCGAUAUGAUUGUGACUCACAGCACAUCCAAUUCGCACAAUUCCAAUGAUUGUUUGGUAGCAGCAAACGAAACCGAUGUGCCAAUGUGGCAUCAAAUGGACGAAUCGAAUGCCAUUCGAAACCACGACAUAUAUCUUGAGGUCACAGAAUAUGGCUUGGAAACAGCUGACACAAUUCAUGAUGAAUCAAUCGAAAGUGUUCAAAAUCGAAACGACACAACAUAUGCUGGUCAGAGAAUAUUUAUUCCAGUGACUGUCGGCUUAGAUCGUUUGGCUGAAAUGACACUGGCUGAUUUAACAAAAGAUAAAAACAAAUCAACGCCAUUCAAUCGCAAGAGUCCUCAUGAAAACCGUAUGACAAAAACGGGAGAAAAGAAUCAAAAUCCGGGUAGUGUGAGAACAGAAAAGAACGGUGAAAAAGGUGCUCCGGAGCAAUUAAUGCCAAAAAAUCGACGCAAAUGUACUUUUUGUGGACACAUUAUUCACCAAAAAAAUCUUAGCCAACACAAGCGAACUCACACCGGCGAAAAGCCAUAUCGAUGCGAUCGGUGUGGAAAAAGAUUCACAAACGCAGCAAGUCUGAUGAAGCAUGCCGCAGCUCACAUUGAAGAUUUCCCGUUCCACUGCAGAAUUUGUUUCCGUGGAUUUUCACUGAAGUCCAAAAAAGAAGCUCAUGAAAAACAGUGCCAAAAACGUCGCUACGAAUGCCAUCUCUGCAAGAAGUUUGUUGAUCAUAUUAAAACUCGGUUGAAGAUACAUAUGCGCAAGCACACCGGUGAAAAACCGUUUCGUUGUGAAAUUUGCAUGAUGCGUUUUAGUUAUAAAAUGAGCCUAAAAGGACAUUUGAACACCAUUCACGCUAGAAUCAAUCCGUAAGCUCUUCAUAAGAAUUUUUAAACGCAAUUUUCAAACAGAUUUACAACGAAAUCAUUUGUUGGCCG